AGCAUCAGAAGAUGAAGUUGGGGAUAUUCGUUAUAGUCUCGAUCGUAUGGUUGUGUAACUGCCACGGAGUACUAGUUCGUUUUAGCAACAGCGUCUGUACGACCUUAGAAGGCUACGAUGGAAUUUGUUUACGAAGACAACAAUGUGAAGACGCUAAUGGCAUUUCUUCGGGGACUUGUGCCAGCGAUUUGGGAAGAUGUUGCCUAUUUCAAAGAUCUUGCGGUCAAUCUUCGUCGCAGAACAACACCUACUUUUUCAACAGCAAAUACCCAAAUACAGUUAGUACGGGACUUCAGUGUACGUUUACAAUUAUACCGUGCAAUUCAAAUAUUUGUCAGAUUCGUUUGGACUUCUUGAACCUAAUCUUAUCUCAGCCAGACGGAAAUGGAAACUGCAUUUUCGACUCUUUGGUGAUCACAGGUUCAGCAUCGGGAAACGUUCCUGUAUUGUGUGGUGAAAAUUCUGGCCAGCAUAUGUAUCUGAUGGUUGACCGUACUAAUCCUAUUACCAUCACUAUCACAACCAGCGUCGCGGCGUCGUUGGAAAGAAGCUGGAAUAUCAAAGUUACACAGAUUGCUUGCGAUUGCCCAACAUUAGCUCCAAACGGCUGUCUCCAAUAUUAUUACUCACAAUCCGGAAAUGUGAGAAGCUUCAACUACGGGACUACGAUAAAUGGAAAUAAUCUCAAUUUCGGCAAUGGUUCAUCUGUAGCAGGAACUAGACAGAUAUCUAAUGAGAAUUAUGGUGUCUGCAUUGGAAUGGUUCCUGGUUACUGCUCAAUACAAUGGAGUCAGUCUGAUGGAGAAACCAGUUCUUUUUCACUAUCAAAUGACACCGCAGCCGCCUCAGUGUUAGAUGGACUACCUAGCAAUGGUUUACGAGGUGAAAAUUGUACCACAGACUAUGUGGUGAUCCCCAAUCCGUAUUUUGUGAAUGGAACUGCCGUGAAUGCAGACAGAUUUUGUGGAAAUCAAUUUCCCACUGUUGUUACAUCAUCGAAGCCAUUCGUUUUGAGAGUGGUGACAAAUGACAAUGAACUGGGAGAUGCAGCAAAUAGAGGAUUUUCGUUAGACUACACCCAGCAGGCUUGUUCUAACUUAGGAUUCAUGUUGUACAAUAUGUCGUAAGAAUAAAACGUCCUUAUACAAAGU